AUGGUACGGCGGGAGCACUGUUGGCCUCGGGGAAGCUUUGGUGGAGGAUGUGAUCUUGAGCGGCUGGAAGCACCUCGGUGGCGGGAAAAGGAAGUGCAGAUUUCACAUCGCUGUGAAAACAUGAGCCGAGAUUUCAAACCCGGAGACUUGAUCUUUGCUAAGAUGAAAGGUUAUCCCCAUUGGCCAGCCAGGGUGGAUGAAAUUCCAGAUGGAGCAGUAAAACCUCCUAUGAAUAAAAUGCCUAUAUUCUUUUUUGGCACUCAUGAAACGGCAUUCUUGGGACCAAAGGAUAUAUUUCCUUAUUAUGAAAAUAAAGAAAAAUAUGGCAAACCAAAUAAAAGAAAGGGCUUUAACGAAGGAUUAUGGGAAAUUGACAACAAUCCCAAAGUGAAAUUCUCUCAUCAGCAAUCCCAUCCAGCUGUUAACAGUGCUUUCAAAGAAACUAUUUGCGGAAGUUGUCAAGAGUCUGCUGAGGGCAAUGAAGAAAAAGAAGCCAAAAGGAAGAAGUCUGUUAUUUCCAAAUCAUCAAGUAAACAGGAUAGUAAUUUACCUACAGAAGACAGAGAGAUGGGUACUGUCAAAGAAGAAGACAUCCCAUUUGAAAAGCUCAGUAGGAAAGAUGUGAUGAAAAAAAAUGAUAUAUGCAUUCCUAAAGUUGUCAGAAGAGGAAGGAAGAGAAAGGUUGACAGGCAGGCUGAAGCUGUGGAAGCUGCAGUGGUAGCAACUGCAGUAGCUGUGACUCAAAAAGUAAGCCCUAAAAGAGGAAGACCAGCAGCUACUGAAGUAAAGGUUCCAAAACCAAGAGGGAGACCCAAAUUGGUGAAAACACCUUGUCCUUCAGAGACCAACAUUGUUCAUGAAGAGGAGAAGACAAAGAAAAAAGGAUUGGAAGUAAAGACAAAAAAACAAGGGAAAAAAGAUGAGGAGAGUCAGAAGGAAGAAGACAAAUCGAGGGAGGAAUUUGACAGAAGAGAAGCAAAGAGGGAGACUGAACCAAAAAGGAGAAAUACUUCCCAAGUGGGUUCUGCAUCAGCAUCUGAUUCUGAAGAGGAUGAAGGAGAACACGAAGAUGAUAAAAAGAAAAGAGGAGGGAGAAACUUUCAAGGCGCUCAUAGAAGAGGCACGUUACAAGGCCAAUAUGAGAGAGAACUGGCAGAAAGAAAGUGUAAGCAAGAGGAGCAAAAGGAAUCUGAGCCGCAAAAUAAAGAAGGUAAGAAAUCAGAAGUUAAGAGGAUGGAGAAGAAGAGAGAAAUAUCGAUGGAUUCAAGGCUUCAAAGGAUACAUGCAGAAAUUAAAAACUCACUCAAAAUUGAUAAUCUAAAUGUGAACAGGUGUAUUGAGGCGCUUGAUGAGCUUGCUUCCCUUCAGGUCACAAUGCAGCAAGCUCAAAAACACACGGAGAUGAUUUUAACUCUAAAGAAGAUACGGAAGUUCAAAGUUAGCCAAGUUAUCAUGGAAAAGUCUACAAUGCUCUAUAACAAGUUCAAGACCAUGUUUCUAGUUGGAGAAGGAGAUUCUGUUCUUUCACAGGUACUAAAUAAAUCACUUGCUGAGCAGAAGCAGCAUGAGGAAACCAAAAAGCCCAAAGAACAUUGGAAGAAAGGUCCAACUAAAAAAAUAGAAAAGGAAAAAGAUCUAACAGGUGCAAAGACACUAAAUGGAGGAUCUGAAACUCAGGACAUCAACCAAACACAACAGAAUGGAGAGAACAGUAAGGAAAAGAAAGAGAAGCAUGAAACUGACACUAAGAAAAAGUGA